AUGCCAUCGCUCCUAGAGGCUCUGGAGUUGAAGUAUGGGAGCACGGCUGGAGAUUGCUCUGAAUGUAGCUUAACAGAUGAAGAAACUGAAUUAUCAGGAUCACCAAAAAAUGCAGCACUUUCUGUCAGUAUAUUUAUUCCAAAAAAAUCACCACGUCACACAGUUCCAGCCUUACUAGUGUUACAAGAUUGUGACAUUGAGUGUGCUGGUAAUGAUGCCGAAAAAUUACGUAACAAGUGUAAAAAUGUCGAAGAGUUGGAUUUGGCACAAAACAAAUUAUCACAGUGGGAUGAAGUUUUUGGUAUUCUAGAGCACAUGCCAAAAAUAAAAUUUGUUAAUUUGAGUUUUAAUAGCUUAGCCGAGGCAUUGGAAGUUAAACACGCCAGAUAUGAAUCAUUGCGUAAUCUUGUGCUCAAUGGCACGCGAAUUUCAUGGGCAACUGUUCAGGAUCUAGUUAGACUGCUGCUUAAUUUGGAAGAAUUACAUUUGUCGCUUAAUGAAUUUAAGACUGUUGACUUGGAUCACCGUAAGCCUGAGAAUAUUAAUAAAUCUGUGAAGAAAUUACACUUUACAGGUAAUCCAGUUGAAAGUUGGUCGGAAAUUUGUAAACUCGGUUACUCAUUUUCGAAUCUUGAGAGCCUUGUUCUUGCCGAGUGUCCCAUUAGAUCUCUUGCGCUUGCCGAAGAAAAUCGCAAUUACGAUGAGAGAAGUUCUCCGUGUCAAGCGAUUCCGACUUUUGUCGAGCAGUCUAAGGAAGAAGAUGAAAACGAAAACGUCCCUUCAGAAUUCAUGAUGGUCCAAGAAAGAGAGCCUCAAGAAAAUGGCGAGGUGAGGGUGAAAACUAUGCCUGAAAAAAUAUUUGGAAAAGAAAACUGCACUGCCUACAACAGAAGCGAGAGUGAGUGCGAAAGUGGUAACAAAAUUCCAUCCUCGCAUGAUCCAUUUAGAAUGUUAAGAUUUCUUAACGUCAACGGCACAUUAUUGUCAACUUGGGAUGACGUUGAGAGACUUGCGCGGUUUCCUGCUCUCAAAUCUCUGAGGAUGCAAGGCUGUCCACUCUUUGAGAGUCCUCGAGAGUACACCGAGCACGAGAGAAGGCAGCUGCUGAUAGCAAGACUUCCAAAUGUAGAAACGCUCAAUGGCGGCGGGGUUAUAUCUUCGCAGGAACGCGAGGACGCUGAGCGAGCAUUUAUUCGGUACUACAUGGACAAACCGGAAGCGGAUAGGCCUGAAAGGUACGCUGAGCUUGUUGGUAUUCAUGGAAAAUUAGAUCCGCUGGUCAGUGUUGACCUCACGCCAGAAAAACGUGUCAAAGUUAAGUUUACCUAUGGGGAUCUCGUUGAGGUGCGAUGUGUAGAUGUCUAUAGAACUGUUUUUGAGCUAAAAACAAAACUAGAGUCGAUGGUUAAAAUUUCUGCCAAUAGAAUGAGACUUUUUUAUGUUGACCAGGUUAUGAAAACUCAGUACGGUCCAGAGGAAAUGCUGUACCCCAAUAAACAGCUGUACCGAUACAACAUUAGAAAUGGAGAUGAAAUAAUUAUAGACAGCAAGCUGAACCGCUUUGUGUCUUCAUCUUCAAGCACAUCCUCUAUACGAUCUUAA